CACGCGUCCAUCCAUACCCGGAGAGGAGAGAGAAAGUGAAGAGAGAAAAUCCCGCAGAUAAAGAAGCAAGAGAAAGGAGAGAGAGAGAGAGAAACACAUCGAGAGGAAUAUCAGAAGACUCAAUCGUUGUUUUAGGUGGGAGAUGAAGAACUGCGAGCUGUGCAAGGUUCCGGCGAGGACCUUCUGCGAGUCUGACCAGGCAAGCUUGUGCUGGGACUGCGAUGCUAAGGUUCACGGUGCCAACUUCUUGGUUGCAAGGCACUCCAGGACCCUUCUAUGUCGCUCGUGUCAGUCUCUCACGCCGUGGAAGGCUUCCGGCGCCGCCCUUGGAAACACCGUCUCCUUGUGCGAGAGGUGUGCGGGCGGAACCAAGAUCGACGACCCCCAACAAGGGGAAGAGAGCGAAGGAGGCAAUGACGACUAUAUAGACACUGACAACGACGACGACGACGACGACGACAUAGACACUGACGAUGACGACCAGGACGAGGACGAGGACGGAGAUAACCAGGUUGUCCCUUGGUCUUCGACGGCGCCGCCACCGGCUUCGAGUUCAUCGAGCAGCGAAGAGUCGGUUAGCACGUGCAACAACCGCGAUGAGGAGGUUUCUCAGCCAGGGACCACAAUUUCGUUGAAGCGACGUCGUUUAGAUCAUGAUUUUCAGGAGGGUUUGAACAGUUGUGCAUAUCAACGGAGGCACGGUGCGAGGUGGAGAGGUGAGGUUGCGUUGGUAGGGUACGACGGAGAGCCGCCGUCGAAGGCGUCGAGGCGGUCUUUGAGCGACGGAUAAACUAGACCGACGUCGUCGUACGGUUGCUGUGUUGGUAGAGCCUCGGAAGACGUUUGAUCUGGAGGGACACAGUAUCUCAGCCGCACGAUUGUCGGGGCCGUACCAUAGGAUAUUAUUUAUGAGCUCUUUGAUUAACGUCCUCUAACAGCACUCCUAGUUUUGAUAAUGACUAUUAUUAUUUUUAUUUUUUUAUUUUGUUGAACAUUGUGGGGUUUGGUUGAUGGUAGUUUUUCCUAUCUUACUUUUUUGUAAUUGUAUAUAUUUUUUUUACUAUUUAUAACUAGGUAAGUAUGGAUAUUAUGUUGUGAGUAGAAAGGAAAACCCACGAACAAGAUGAAUGUGAAUGUGAUUUCUCCAUCUAUUUUUU